AUGUCUGCAACAACCAAAAUGAAAUAUGUCGUCAACGAAGCACUUCAACGUUAUGAGUUACCCGAUGAAAAGCAUUAUAUUGUCAAAAUAAUUGCUCCUCGUGGGAAUAAUUUACAUGAGGUGGUGACACCAAAUGGAUCAACGUUUCUUGUCAGCAUGCCAACGAAAUUUCGCAACACAAUUUUCAUCAAACGAGGUGAUUAUGUUCUUGUCGAAGACAUAGAAGAAGGUGAUAAAGUUAAAGCAGAAAUCGUUCAAAUUCUUCUGAGAGAUAAUAUCAAAUAUAUUCGUUCGCAGAAUUGUUGGCCGAAAGAAUUUGAAGUUGCCCAAGAAGAUGAAGACGAAGAAGAAGAAAGAGAAGAAACUCAAUGA